CACUAGGCCUCGCUGCUCCACGUCGCUGCUGCUCUUGCUGCAGAGAUGUCAGGAGGUGUGCGGAGAAAGUCCCCCGCAGCCCCGGCCCCACUGUGGGGAAAACUCCGCUCACUCUGGCAGGACAAACAUUUAAUCCUGUUCAAGACGGAGCACACGUUACUGGUCGUGACAGUUUUGUGGCUCCUCGAGAUCGGCAUCAAUGUGUGGGUCAUACAGAAGGUAGCAUACACCGAGAUCGACUGGAAGGCCUACAUGGAUGAGGUGGAGGGAGUCAUCAAUGGCACCUACGACUACACCCAGCUUAAAGGCGACACAGGCCCUUUAGUGUACCCGGCUGGAUUUGUGUACAUCUUCACGGCUUUGUACUACAUCACUAGCCAUGGGGUGAACAUCCGUCUGGGCCAGUACAUAUUUGCUGUCUUCUACCUCGUAACGCUACUGCUUGUCUUCAGAAUUUACUACCGUACUAAAAAGGUCCCUCCGUAUGUGUUCUUCUUUGUGUGCUGCGCCUCUUAUCGGAUCCACUCCAUCUUUGUGCUACGUCUCUUCAAUGACCCAGUGGCCAUGAUGCUGCUGUUUGCAGCUGUCAAUCUCUUCAUGGAUGGAUACUGGACCCUGGGCUGCGGCAUUUACAGUUUAGCAGUGUCUGUGAAAAUGAACGUGCUUCUCUUUGCCCCUGGGUUGCUCUUCCUCCUCUUGUCUGAGUUCGGCCUGAUCAGGACCAUCCCCAAGCUUGCACUGUGUGCAGGAAUCCAGCUGUUGCUGGGCCUCCCGUUCCUCCUGGAGAAUCCCGUCGGUUAUGUGAGCCGGGCCUUCGACCUGGGCCGUCAGUUCAUGUUCAAGUGGACGGUCAACUGGCGCUUCCUGCCUGAAUGGCUCUUCCUGAAUCGCUCCUUCCACCUGCUGCUGCUGGCCGCUCACCUGCUCGUGCUGCUGCUGUUUGCUUUCCGCCGUUGGAAGAGACCGGGAGAAAACAUCCUUGAACUCCUUAAGGAACCAGGAAAGAGGAAAACCCCUCCUCAGAAAAACACUGUGGAUCAGAUAGUACUGAUCCUGUUCACGUCUAACUUCAUCGGCAUGUGCUUCAGCCGCUCGCUGCACUACCAGUUCUACGUCUGGUACUUCCACACGCUCCCUUACCUGCUGUGGAGUGGAGGAGUGAAGAAGUUGGCCCACCUGCUCAGGGUUCUGAUCCUGGGUCUGAUCGAGCUUUCGUGGAACACCUACCCCUCGACUAAUGGCAGCUCAGCGGCCCUCCACGUCUGCCACCUCAUCAUCCUCCUUUGCCUCUGGCUGGCUCCGCCCCUGCAUUCAGCCCCAGCACAAACACAAGACAAGGACAAGCAGCACUGAUCGGAUCCGAACUCGCGCUCGUUUCUAAUCAGCUGUAGAACGGCCUCCAUCCACCAUCUUCCUCCUCCUCCUCCCUCCUCCUCCCUGUGGGGCAGAGGGAGGUCACCGUGAUAAGACUGUUAACACGUCAGUAAAAGGAGCCAUUGGACGCUUCUCAUCUCGGCUCGCUCCUUACAGUGAAGCGGGCCGAUGCAUACGGGUGGCUGCAUGAUGAAAUGACACACUUGCAGUUGAAGAGAUGAGAGGAAACAAAAAUAGAUUCUCAGGUUUCAUUUUCAGAUACAUAACAGGAAGAACGGAGAACAGUGUUGGUGGGAAGAAUUUGUUACAUGGGCUGUAUUUCUAAUGUCAAAACUAUUCUGUCCAUAAUAGUCCUGUCUUAAUCGGUCAAAACUCAAUACUGUGAUUUCAUGUUCGGAUACUUCAGAGAUCUUGUCAACUGAAGGAAGUGGUAUACGAAGAACUUCAUCAUAUUCACACACACUAUUCGCUCUGGACAAUCAUGGCCACUUUUUUCUGUCUGUUUU